CUAGAUAAAAGGCGCGGGCGCGGGGACUCUGCGCGGACAGCUGGCAGGAGCCACCGAGGACCGAGAGGACAACCAUGGCCAAGGAGUGGGGCUACGCCAACCACAACGGUCCCGACCACUGGCAUGAGAUUUACCCAAUUGCCAAGGGGGACAACCAGUCACCCAUUGAGCUGCACUCCAAGGACAUUAAGCAUGACCCUUCCCUGCUGCCGUGGUCCACGUCUUACGACCCCGGCUCUUGCAAGACCAUCCUGAACAACGGCAAGACUUGCAGGGUUGUGUUUGAUGAUACUUUCGAUCGGUCAAGUAAGUAUGACCCUUAGGGACGGUUCAGUGUUCAUAACUGGCGAAA